AUGGCACAAAACCCAGGCUACAAUCCGAACUUUGACACUCAGUGGAGCACCAAUCAAUGGAGCAGUACUACUGCACCUCCACCAGCUUAUGGACACACCCCACUUCCUGGCCAACAGCCCGUGUUCGCACAGCCGAUGCCAAAUCAACCGACAAAUCCGAGACAUCUGGGAUCAGAACCGAUGUUCUGCGUUUGCCCUCACUGUAAAAAAGAGGGAAUGUCUUCUACUCAAAAAGAUACAGGUCUUGGAAACCAUCUUGGUGCUCUCGGAUGCAUCAUCGUCGGAUGUGUCCUCGGCUGCUGCUUCAUUCCUUACUGCAUCGACGAUCUGAAAGAUACUGUUCACACAUGUUCAAGCUGCCAGAGAGUUAUCGGCACAAAAACUCAUUUCUUAAUAUUUUGA